CAAAGAAGAAGAGCGUUACCGGAAGUUACCCUCGUGUCUGCGUUAUAUCUGCGCGGACACGGUCAAUAAAACCGAUUAAAACUCUUCGCGUUAAAAAUCAACUUCACCAAACAAGUCAUCAUGUCCUCCUACACCUGCAUCAGCUGCAGAGUGGCGUUUGCAGACGGCGAGGUGCAGCGAGCUCACUACAAAACCGACUGGCACCGCUACAACCUGAAGCGCAAAGUGGCCGACAUGCCGCCCGUCACCGCCGAGAACUUCCAGGAGCGGGUCCUGGCCCAGCGGGUGGCCGCCCAGCAGCAGCUGACGGACGCCUCGGCCACCGAGAGCUGCUCCGUCUGCAGCAAGAGGUUCUCCAGCGCCAACGCCUUCCAGAACCACCUGCAGUCCCACAAACACCAGCAGGCCGAGAAGCAGGCGCUGCUCAGCGCCCAGAGGAGGGUGGAGGAGAUGAACCAGAAGAACCUGGAGAAGGGACUCGGAGACGAGAAGGAAGACAACGACACGAGGAACGAGGCCCUGCAGCAGGUCCUGAGGGACCAGCAGAGGAAGGUCCAGACCUCACAGAAACCAGAGAGACCAGAAAAACCAGAAAAACCUCCUCGGGUGAUGUGGCUGGAGGAGCAGGUGAAGAGGCGAGAGACGGAAGAAGGAGCAACAGCUGAGGAGGAUGACUGGGAGGACGUUGAUGAUGAUGAUGUUGACAUGGACGAUGAAGAAGAGGAGACGAUGGAUCAGGAGGAAGGGGUCUCUGCAGGUCCAUCUGACACCAGACCGGCCCCUCUGCCUGGGUCCGUCCCCGUCACAGACUGCCUGUUCUGCUCCCACCACUCCAAGUCGCUCCUGAAGAACGUGGCCCACAUGACCAAGGUCCACAGCUUCUUCAUCCCGGACCUGGAGUUCCUCGUGGACCUGAGGGGUCUGAUCCGGUACCUCGGAGAGAAGGUCGGUGCAGGGAACGUGUGUUUGUGGUGUAACGAGAAGGGCCGCUCGUUUUACUCCACAGAAGCCGUUCAGAGUCACAUGACAGAUAAAAGUCACUGUAAGCUCUUCACAGACGGAGACGCUGCUCUGGAGUUCGCAGAUUUCUACGACUUCAGGAGCAGCUAUCCUGACAGCAAGGAGGGUGAGGAUGACAAUGAUGAGGAGCUGCCUGAUGAGAAGYGUUUGGAGUACGACGACGAGCUGCUGGAGCUGACGCUUCCCUCAGGAGCAAAGAUCGGCCAUCGCUCCCUCAUGAGGUACUACAAGCAGAGGUUUGGGACGCAGCGCGCCGUCGCCCUGAGRCACAACAGGAACGCCGUGGGCCGAGUCCUGCGGCAGUACAGAGCUCUGGGCUGGGGGGGCGACCGAGGUUCUGGCUCGUCCCAUCAGACCCAGAAGGACAUGCAGUACGUCCAGAGGAUGAAGUCCAGGUGGAUGCUGAAGGUGGGCAUGAGCAACAACGCCACCAAGCAGAAACACUUCAGGGUCCAGGUGAUGUUCUGAGGAGGAAGCUGAAGCUCUGACAGACUUAAACCACCUCCUGCAGGAAAACUGGACUUAAUUAUUAUUAUUAUUAUUUAAUAAAAGUUAAAGUCAUCAAUCAGCUCAUCUCUGAUCUGAGCGUUAGCUGAUUCYUCUAAAAGAAGAACUUUCAGUCAUCAGAUGAACAGAAUCACUCUUCUGACAUGAUUUUAUAAACAUGUUGAUUCUGAAACUACAGAUAGAAUAAAAACAAAGUUAUUCUUGUUUAAUUAAAAAAACUUUACUGACUGUAAAACUAAAUGUUUCAUGUUUUUGACCUGAUUGUUCAGGUUGAAUUAAAGUCUGAUUUUCUAAGUUUAAACUAAAUAAAUUAAACUUCUUUAAAUGCUA